UAUGGAAUUAUCAAAUGGAAAUUUAAUACGAAAGUUUUCUUUUCCUUGAAUUGGACACUUUUGAUGCCAAGAAACACUGAAAAUUAUGCUAAGAUUGAACAUAACCUCAAAAAUAGUCAUUUUAACUUGGAAAACGUCCAUUUAGACAAGUUUCUAGACAAUUUUUACUGUAAAUUGGAUAAUUUUGUGAUCUAAAAAGCUUGAAAACAGGGUUUUUAAAGAUCUUUUAGUGAUAUUUUUGAGGUUAUGAGCAGAAAAGAUGUCCAAAAACAGCGUUUUGAAGUCAUUUCUUAUGAUUUUUGCAGAAAUAUCGAAUGGAAUCUUAAGAGACUUCGAGUUCUAGAAGUUUACAGUUGGUGUACAGCUUUAAGGGCAUAUUAUCUCCCCCUUGUCCGUUCUUCUGUGACGCUUUUCUGGAUAAAAUGUGGAUGAUUUCGGAUAUCAGUGACUGUUAGAAGUGACAAAAAGAAAAAUCUGUGAAAGAAAAAAAUCUCGAUCUCAUCACAAUCUUUAAUGUAAUUUGAGUGAAAAUGCACAAGGACAGGAUUCAGGAUCGCUACGAGGACUCCUCGACGUCCGAAGAUGAAGAAAACACUCACAUUACCAGAUAAAGAUGGCACGUACGUGGCGGAACUGCCUAAGACGGAGCACUUGACCUGGAUCUGGGCCGUUGUCUUUGCCUUCGCCUUCCCAGAACUUGUGACAUUCGUCAGAGCGUGCAGAAUAUGUCUGUUCAAGAACAUCUUUCGGCCUGCUGUGCGUCAACAGCUGAUCAUCACGGCCUUUGAGUGUUCACACGUGAUCGGCUGUGCGAUCCUCGCCUUCAAAGUCCUCCCACAGAUGGACGCCAUGAAGGGCGUCAUGCUGACCAACUGUCUGUGUCUCAUUCCUGCCAUCCUGGGCCUCCUGUCGCGCUCCACCGCCGCCAAGGCCUUCCUGCCCAAGAUCCUGAUCGAUCUCCUCGCGAUCGCUGUGCAACUCACGGCCAUCUUCCUCUGGCCCAUCAUCGACGGCGACAUGUCACAGAUGCUGUGGAUUCUCUCGGCCAGCGUCCUCAUAUCAGCUGGCUGGUGGGAAAACUACGUGUCCGCGCAGAGCUUCAUGCAACCGAUACGCUGGAUUGCCGAUAUAAAAAGCAAGAUUGGACGGAGCAGAUAUUACGUUUACCUCUAUCUUGGCCCACUUAAAAUCCUUAUCUUCUUCCUUAUGGCUGUGUCUCUCAACGAGUUUAAACUCCGGCAGUAUUUCCGAGAAUUCACAGAUGGCUGGAAAAACCACACGAUCACCGUUCAUGGGGCACAAACACACUUCAGUGACAAUCUUCCGGAAAUGCCUCAAGUGUACGAGAGCGGUUCCUUCACCGUGGAAUCUCAUCACUUGGCCAUUUGCUGGAUUCUGGUGGCACAGAUUCUCACUGGCUACUUCAGCUACUUCUUCGCUCGAUUCGCUUGCAAAAUUCACAUCCAGAGUGUGAGCUUUUCGCUUCCACUCUGCUUAACUGUGCCCAUCAGUCUCACGACACUCUUCAUCCUCGCUGGCUAUCGGGAAAGUCACACUUGCACCUUCCAGGACAUCAUUCCCAAUUAUCUCUUCUUCAUCACGCCACGGGCUGAGGAUUUGUUGGUGUAUGUGCGACAGGAUUAUGUGUGGUUGUGGGUGUUGUGGCUCUUCUCUCAAGUCUGGAUAACAUUGCACAUUUGGUGGUCGAGAUGCAAUAAGAAUGCUCCAACGGAUACACUCUUUGUCCUGCCAAUGUAUAAUGGUUUACUGGUGGAUCAAUCAAUGACACUCAACAGGAGACAAUUUCCCGAAGAGGAAAUCACAAAGACAGUGGAUAUUUCUGGUCAGGAGGAUGAGAUUGAUGUGAGUAAAUUCACUGAACACAUUCAAUUGCAAGAACUCGAGGGAAUCAAGUCCAGUGAUCGCAUACCACAAGUGUAUGUGUGUGCAACAAUGUGGCAUGAGACCAAGGAGGAGAUGAUGGAGUUCCUCAAGUCCAUUUUGCGUCUGGAUGAGGAUCAGUGUGCUCGAAGAUUAGCAUGGAAGUUCAUUCAGCGCACAGACGAACCCGACGACGAGUACUACGAACUGGAGACACACAUCUUCUUCGAUGACGCCUUUAUGGAGAAGGACAAGUGUGAUGAUCCUGAUGGAUCACCUAUUAACACAUAUGUGAAGAUCUUGAUCAACAAUCUCGAGGAGGCGGCAAGAGAAGUGUACAAGCAGAAGAUGAAGAUCUAUCCACCCACGAAGAUUGUCACACCGUACGGGGGACGUUUGAUCUGGGUGUUGCCCGGCAGGACGAAAAUGGUGGCACAUUUGAAGCACAAGGACAAGAUCAGGAAGAAGAAGCGCUGGUCACAAGUCAUGUACAUGUACUAUCUCCUCGGCUAUCGCAUCAUGCAGCGCGAUGUGUCGCCGGAGCGGAAGAAGGUCAUCGCGCAGAACACUUACCUUCUCGCCUUGGACGGUGACAUUGACUUCCAGCCGAAUGCCGUUCAACUCCUUCUCACGCGCAUGAAGAUCGAUCCGGACCUCGGAGCCGCGUGCGGACGGAUUCAUCCGGUCGGCAGUGGUCCGAUGGUGUGGUAUCAGCGCUUCGAGUAUGCCAUCGGUCAUUGGCUGCAGAAGGCCACGGAGCACGUCAUCGGCUGUGUGCUGUGCAGUCCUGGCUGCUUCUCCCUCUUCCGCGGACGCGCUCUCAUGGAGAACAGCGUGAUGAAGAAGUACACGACCAAGUCCGAGGAGGCGCUGCACUAUGUGCAGUACGAUCAGGGUGAGGAUCGGUGGUUGUGCACACUUCUGCUGAAGCAGAAGUUCCGCGUUGAGUACUCCGCCGCCUCCGAUGCCUACACACACAGUCCGGAGGGCUUCAAUGAGUUCUACAACCAACGAAGAAGAUGGGUUCCCUCGACAAUAGCCAACAUCCUAGAUCUGAUCUUCAGCUACAAGAUGAUCGUGAAAGCCAACAGCAGCAUCUCCAUGCCUUACAUUGUCUAUCAGUUUGUCAUGAUGAUUGGCACAAUUCUCGGUCCAGGCACCAUUUUUCUCAUGAUGAUUGGAGCAAUUGUUGCGGUCUUUGGCACCAGCAUCUGGACAUCCUUCCUCUGGAACUUCAUUCCGCUGUUCUUCUUCAUGAUUCUGUGCUACUUUGCCAAGCAAAAGUACCAAUUGAUUGCCGCCUUCUUCAUCACAUCUGUCUAUGCGAUGGUGAUGAUUGCUGUGGUGAUUGGAAUUGUCAUGCAAACACAGGAGGAUGGCAUCAAUUCACCAUCUUCCCUGUUCUUCCUCGCUGUCGCUGGUCAGAUCAUCGUGACGGGUUUGAUGCAUCCACAGGAAGCUUGGGCUCUCAUCUGUGGCAUUGUCUACUACAUCACCAUUCCCUCCAUGUACAUGCUUCUGAUCAUCUACUCCCUCUUCAACAUGAACGACGUCUCCUGGGGCACCAGAGAGAAUCCCCAGCCCACCACUCAAGCCACCACCGCCGCCGCUGCUGCUUCGCCCACUCAGAAUCGCUUCCAGCGCCUCCUGGGCUUCCUGCAGGUGAACAAGCAGGAAGAGGGGACACUUGACUUGUCCUGCGGCGGAAUCUUUCGCUGCAUGUGCUGCACACAUCCCAAGGAUGACGCCAGUGACGCCCAUCUCAUGCACAUUUCCACCCAACUCACGGAAAUCACCAGCAAAAUGAGGGAUCUCGAAGCAAAACUCUCCGGAGAAGUGACAGUGAUGACAGACAACAAGGAGGAUCACGAAACCAUCUCACCGCCACCAAAUGAACCCACACUGGAAGAGGUGUUCUGUGAGCCCGAACGUCCUGUAAUCUCCCUUCCCGAUUGGCUCUACGAUGAGGAUCUGAGGAAUGGUGACAAUGACACUCUUCCGCUGGCGGAGGAGAAAUUCUGGAAUGACAUCAUUGAUCGCUACCUGAAGCCAUUGGAUCUGUCUGAGGAGGAGAAGAGCAAAGUGGCGACAGCAUUGAAAGAUCUGAGAGACAUGUCAGUCUUUGCCUUCAUCAUGAUCAAUGUGAUCUUCGUGCUCACGGUGUUGCUGCUGCAGAUGAACAAGGAUGACAUUCACAUUCGAUGGCCAUUUGAGGUGAAGAACUUCAUUGAUUACGACACCGCCAACAAUGAGAUCACAAUUGUGCGUGAGUAUUUGGAAUUGGAUCCCAUUGGAUUGCUCUUUGUCGCCUUCUUUGGCAUCAUUCUUGCCAUUCAAUUCGUCGCCAUGUUGAUUCAUCGCUUUGGCACACUGGCGGAAAUUCUCGCUGCCACCAAUUUGGAUUGGUAUUGUGUGAAGAAGGCCAAUGAGCUGUCACCACAGAUGGAUCUCAAGAGUCAAGCGGUGAAUAUUGCCAAGAAGGCACAACGACCACAGCCACAGUGGGAUGAGGAGGACAUGAAGGAGGAACAGAGAGCAAUUGGACGACGACGUGACACCAUCCAGAAGAUUCUCUAUCAGCACAAUCAGAAGCACGAUUGGAGUAAUCUGGAGAGGAACUUCAAGAGGCGCUACUUCAAGGAGGGCGACUUGGAUUUGGGUCGCUUAACUGUGCGACGUGAGACAAUGAAUUUGCUGAACAAUCGACGAACGACACAAAUUGAGCAACGCAAGUCCAUGAGUCGCAAUCGUCAGUCGAUGGUGGGCAUCAACGGUGUGACACCUGUGCCGCCGGGAAUGCGCUGGGAGAGAACGAGACCAAUUGCACCAAGAGAGAGCAUGAUCACGACGCGACCGCAGUUGAUGCCAGCACAGCCAAGAAUUGAGUACGAUCUCAACAACAGACCAUACUGUGAUCUCACCGAGGGUGGCCAUGACAAUCACUCCUUCACAGAUGAUCCACUCGAUCCCAGGGCGUCCAAUGAGAUAUCACGUCGCAACACUCAGAGAGUGCACUUCCAAUGAUUGCUGGAUUGGAAUGAUUUCAAUUAAGGUCUAACAAUAAAGAUAUUUC